ACUUAUUAAAUAGGUUAAAAUGUUUGCCCCGAAAACAGGCAAGCAGGGCACGAAAGGAGACAAGCUAAUAUACGAAGAGAACGUCAAAACCAUAGCCUUCUACCAAAAGUGGGUCAUAGUCUCGACAGUUCUGAAUUUGCUAGUGUGCGUUCUCCCACUGUUCCAUUGCAGUUUAUGGGACUACUUCUGGUGCGUAUUCUUGACAUGUUGUAACUUGGGAGCGUGGUGCUUCAUGAGAUAUGUUGGCAAACCUACUCUCAAUCCAGAUGGAUCGCUAGUACACUCUGGUGCUGAUAUCAACUCUCCCGGAAGUCUGGGUGAUCAGAUGAAAGACGUCGUCAUUACCACCUCUGUAGUUCAGACUAUCUCCUGUCUCUUUUCGAAUUACCUAGUCAUCCUCUGGACUUUUAUCCCCGGACGUGCUUUUUAUCUACUCUGGGUAUAUAUAAUUCACCCUUAUAUUACUUCCGGUUCUGGAACAGAAGGUCAGCAGGACAAUGAAGGGAUAGAUCCAAAGAAACAGAAAAAACAGAGAAUGAAAGUUGUGAGAAAUUGACGAUUUGUCGUUUAUUUUUCGAAGAAAGCUAGGCCGAGUUGCUUGUUGCGAUGGUUGUUUGUUUAUGAUAAUAGUAAAUGUACAAUUUAUACAAUAUUAGGUUUUGUAAAUAUUAUCAGGUUUCUUUAUUUAUUUGUCCAUCAAUGAACAAAAUUUGUUGAUAUUUGAAUUAACUGUUGCAGUAUCAA